UCGUCUCUUAUUCACUUUGCUGUUUCGAUGGUCCGGUUGGGGAAGAUAUGCUGUAUCGUGCUUAUCCCAUUAUAAUGCCAUGUGUUUUAAUGGAUAAUGGAUGGAUAAAGUAACCCGACGCGAUACCUCCAUGGAGACGGCGCUGAAGUUUAGUAGUUUGUACCAGAAACUCAAGAACAAGGGCACAUUGAAACACCUUUGGGCAAGCGUCUACCUCCUCCACGCCCUCAGUCAAUCGGAUACCCACGUCGGCGGCGGACAUGGUAGUGGUCGCGGGUCGGCUGCUGCACUUCUGCGCGCGGAGCUGGAGGAGAGCAAUAUGUAUUCUGUGGGCCUGGAAAGGUUGCCUGAUCCGCGAAAACGACGGGAGGGGUAUAGUGCGCCGGAUACGUAUGUGCCACGGGAGGCAGCUACUAGCCCCGCUGAACAGUUCAAAGGGAAGGAUGCGGCGGACCGCACGAUCCACCACAGCACCGCAACCCUCGAACACCUCCUCAUCCGCGACCUCGUCUACGUCUUCCAAGGCAUCGACGGGAUGUAUAUCAAACAAUCGGGGGAUAACAUCCAUAUCAGCGACGACGUGAAAUUGAACAAAUCCCAACGCGGCAUUGUGGGCAAACUCGCCGAGAUGGGAUGUCUGUACAAGAAAGUGGCCGAAUUUGUGGAGGGGUGUAAGGAGGAGGGGGAGGGGGGGACUAUGCGGCAGGCAUUGGCAUCAUCCCUCUCCCGCGAACUCACCUCCUACUACCGCCUCAUCGCGAUCUUGCAGCGGCAGAUUAACCCCUCCAACACCGUCUAUAAUCCUGGUUCCGUCAUCACCACCACCACUACGUCGCCUGAUACCUCUAAGACUAUCGCAUUGACAUUGAAACGCCUGUAUGUGUGGGUCCUGGACCCGUUAAGGCGGUUGAGGGUUAUGGCUACUGUUGUGAGGAGUGCGCGAGAUAAGAAAGGUGGGAUGUUGCUGAGUGUCCUACAUACACUCGCGCAGCAUGGGGAUCCGUUUGUGGAGGGGUUUGUUAGGGGGCUCAUGGACGAGGUAGCAACCCCCUUCUUCACCCUCCUCCGCAAAUGGGUUUACGAAGGCGACCUCACUGACCCGUACGGUGAAUUCUUUGUCACGGAGCGCGGGGAUGUUGGGUUGGAGGAUUUCUGGGAGGGGAGAUAUGUGUUAAGGGAGGAGAUGGUGCCGAAUUUUGUCGGGGAGGCGGGGGUUGGGACGAUCUUUGUCCUAGGCAAAACGAUCAAUUUCAUCCGGCACGCCUGCAAAGACACCCAGUUCGUUCUCUCCAAGAAUACAUGCGCCUGCCGCACCGCCACCACCACCAUCACGCAAAAAUGUCCACCCACCUGCACACCCCUCUUCACCUACACCUCCCUCCUCACCCGCCUCCUCCCCACGCACAUCUCCCACCUCUACGCCCAAGCCAACAAACACGCCUUGUAUCUUCUCAUCAAUACAUUCGGGCUCAAGCAGCAUUUGGCGAAUGUUAAUGGGUACCUUUUGUUGGAGGAGGGGGAUUGGGCGGGGCGGUUGGCGGAGGUGUUGGCGGGCGCGUUGGGACGCAGGGCCGGGGGGGUGGGGGUGCAUGAGUUACGACAGGGGUUGGAGACGAGUUUGAGUGGGAGGCGGGUAAACGAAGAUGGAAGAGUGCGGGUUGGGGUGCGGAUGUUGGAGAUAUCCCCAGGCGACCUAACAUGGGACGUCUUCAGCAUCACGUACACCGUCACCCCACCGUUGACGACGAUACUGCAUAAAGCGGCGAUGGAGAAGUAUACGAGGCUGAGUUGUUUUCUGUGGAAGUUGAAGAGGGUUGAGGGUGCAGUUAGUGGGGAUUGGAAGGCUAGGAUGAGGUUGGCUGGGAGGAUGCGGGGGAGGGGCGACCGGAGGGGGCCCCGUGGCGAUCGAGAUUCGCGGAUAUCUCGGACGGAACCGAGGAGUCAUCGGAGUGAGCCGCGUGCGAGUGAACGGGGGUCAGUGGCUGAGCGGGGUGCGAGAGGGGAGGGGGAUGUAGUAGGGAGUCAUUGGGAUGAUACCAAACGGGAAGACCUUGACGCGCUCCUCCAUUCCUGCCUCCUGGUCUGGAUGAAGAUGUGUCAUGUGGUCACGCAGGUUCGGUAUUUUGUCUGUUUUGAGGUAAUCACAUCAUCCAUUUUGGGUACAUCAUCUACGAGUUGAGUUAUCUGACGCACGAGGGCGGUUUUUUUUUUGGUUAGGCACUGGCGGCGACAUGGGCGAGUUUCAACGGGUGUUUGGAAGAGGAAGGGCAGGAUAUCGAGGGGGUGCUGAAGCGGCAUGGGGA